AUGAGAAAGGCUCCUGCUGCUAAAACACCAAGUAUCCCCCAGGGUUCUUGGAGUGCCUGUUCAUCUUUCACUGCCACUACAGUCACCUCAUCAAGAAAAUCAAAUGAGAGCUCCAGCAGCCAAGAAGAGGAAGAUAGUCCAGCUUCCUCAUACUCCUCACCUGAUGCUGAGAACCUGCCUGUAGACCCUCUAGAUGAGAAAACAGUGGUGUUGGUACAGUUCCUACUACAUAAAUAUCAAAUUAGAGAACCAGUCAGAGAGGCAGGCAUGCUAAAUAAUGUUAUCAAUGAGAACAAGAAUGAUUUUCAUGAGAUGGUCAGGAGAGCUUCUGAGCACAUGGAGCUGGUCUUUGGUGUCAGUGUAAAGGAAAUUGACCCCAUCAGUCACAGGUAUGUCCUUGUCAACAAAUUGGGACUUACAAAUGAUGACAGGCUGAGUGGUGAUGAGGGCAUACCUAAGACGACCAUUCUGAUAAUUGUCCCAGGUGCGAUCUUCAUAAAGGGAAACUGUGCCCCUGAGGAUGAGAUAUGGGAAGUGUUGAAUAUGAUGAAUUUGUAUUCUGGGAGGAAGAUCUUCAUCUUUGGUGAGCCAGUAGAGCUCAUCACUAGAAAUUUGGUGCAGGAAAACUACCUGGAGUACUGCCAGGUGCGUGACAUUGAUCCUUCAUGGUAUGAAUUCCAAUAG